AUGGAGUUGAUCGACUUAAAUUGUGUUGGAGGUAAAUUCACGUGGUUUAAAGAUAAUGGUAAAGCUCUUAGUAGAAUAGAUAGAUUUCUUCUAUCUAAAAAGUUUAUUGAGGAGUGGGAGGUUUGUGAACAAAGGAUUGAUAAAAGAGACUUUUCGGACCAUUCUCCUAUUCGGUUAGGUUUCAAGGAAUUUGUGGAGGUGGAAUGGAAGAAGUUGAUUGUAAUGGGAAGGGGCGAUUUUGUGCUUUAUGAGAAAUUGAAGAGCUUUAAAGAGAAACUUAAAGGGUGGAACAAGGAGGUUUUUGGGUGGGUUGACCUUAAGAUGGAGGAGGCAAGGGAUAGUAUCAACAUGUUGGAUAUGGUGAUAGAGGAUAAUAUGGGUGGUAACAAUGAAGUAGUGGUUCAAGCUAGAAGAAAUUCGUCGGUUGAUCUUUGGAACAGUAUGCAUUUAGAAGAAUGUAUGCUUAGACUUAAGUCGCGUAAUCUUUGGUUGAAGGAGGGGGAUAGGAACACUAAUUUUUUUCAUAAUUCUUUUAAAGAGAGACAAAGACGUAAUUCAAUUACUUCUUUGGAAGGAGAGGAGGGUAGAGUCGAAGGAGUUGCUAAUAUCAAAGAGGAGAUUCGUGGUUAUUUUCAAAAAUUCUUUAAAGAAGAAGACUUUGCUAGACCGGUUCCGGAAGGCCUUUGUUUUAAGAGGUUGGAGGAAAGUUAA